AGAGCCUACCUUGACCAUGACAUGUUUGCCAUAAUGUCAGGUCCAACAAUUGCUGCUAUCUCAGUGGUAUUUGAUUAUGCAGAACAUGAGGAUGUUUACCAAACAUGUAUUGAUGGAUUCUUGGCGGUUGCAAAGAUUUCAGCAUGUCAUCAUCUUGAAGAUGUUUUGGAUGAUCUGGUAGUGUCUCUCUGUAAGUUCACUACACUCUUGAAUCCCUCAUCUGUUGAGGAACCUGUUCUAGCCUUUGGUGAUGAUGCAAAAGCCAGGAUGGCUACUGUCACUGUGUUCACUAUUGCAAACAGAUAUGGGGAUUUUAUCCGUACGGGCUGGAGAAAUAUUUUGGAUUGCAUCUUAAGAUUACACAAGCUUGGCCUUCUUCCUGCUCGUGUUGCCAGUGAUGCAGCAGAUGACUCAGAGAUGUCAUCUGAACCUGGACAAGGGAAGCUUCUUACGAAUUCAUUGUCUUCUGCUCAUAUGCAAUCCAUUGGUACUCCUAGGCGAUCGUCUGGGCUGAUGGGCCGAUUCAGCCAGCUCCUAUCUCUAGAAACAGAAGAGCCAAGGUCUCAACCUACCGAACAACAACUUGCUGCUCAUCAACGCACACUUCAGACAAUUCAAAAGUGUCAUAUUGACAGUAUCUUCACAGAAAGUAAGUUCCUGCAAUCUGAGUCUUUAUUACAGCUUGCUCAGGCACUCAUAUGGGCUGCUGGGCGACCUCAAAAGGGUAAUAGCUCUCCCGAGGAUGAAGACACGGCUGUUUUCUGCUUGGAAUUGCUAAUUGCUAUUACCCUGAAUAACCGAGAUAGGAUUAGAAUUCUCUGGCAGGGCGUUUAUGAGCACAUUUCUAAUAUUGUUCAGUCAACUGUAGUGGCUUGUGCGCUGGUUGAGAAGGCUGUUUUUGGACUUCUUCGUAUUUGUCAGCGGCUGCUUCCCUAUAAAGAGAACUUGGCUGAUGAACUUUUAAGAUCACUGCAACUGGUUCUUAAGCUUGACGCUCGAGUUGCUGACCAAUAUUGUGAGCAGAUCACUCAGGAGGUCAGUCGUCUGGUGAAAGCAAAUGCGACUCACAUUCGUUCCCAAAUGGGAUGGCGAACUAUUGCUUCUUUACUUUCUAUUACUGCUAGACACCCGGAUGCUUCUGAACCAGGAUUUGAUGCCUUAUCAUUUAUCAUGUCUGAUGGAGCCCACUUGUCGCCAGCUAAUUUUAUUCUUUGCUUAGAUGCAGCAAG